UAAUGAACUGCAUAUUUUCAGAAGAAUGGCAAAACGUACUGCAACAACGGAGUUAAAUCGUGACAACUGGGAAAAGGAGGAUGAAGCUGAAGAUAAAGAUGCUGGAACCUUUAGAAAGGCGUCCGAAGCUGAUAUGGUAGGGAGGGUCAUCAGGAAAGCAAAACGCCGAAAUCUAACGGAUUCUGAACGUAAAAACGUUUUUUCCGGAUUAUCAUUUUCUUCCUCUGUUGCCUCGUCUGAUCCAUUCAGUUUCCUGAAACAACCCAACUCAGAAACUAAUGGAGCAAAAGAAAAUGUUCCAAAUGGAUCAAGUUCAGAGAGUACGAAAACACCGGAAUCCAAAACCUCCGGUUUUGUAUUUGGCAGUCAACCUGCGAAAACGAAUUCUAAACCAGCUUUUGGCGGAUUUGUCUUCGGAACCCCGAAAACUACCGAAACAACCAAAUCUGAAGUAGAAUCUGAGAAAGAAAAGACCUCUGCGAAGAAUACGUCUGAUUUGUCAAAUUUUCUACUUAAACCUGGAACCUGGACUUGUGAUACCUGCAUGAUAUCCAAUGCGUCCGACAAGACUAAAUGCCUUGCGUGUGAAACCCCAAAACCACCAGGAAAACCUGCUGAUGAUCUCAUGUCCAAUUUCAUGCCAUGUAAAUCCAACUGGACUUGUGACGCCUGCAUGGUGUCCAAUGCCUCCGACAAAGUAAAAUGUCUCGCAUGUGAAACCCCCAAACCCUCUGAAGCUGUAACUAAAUCUGAUGAGCUCAUGGCCAAAUUCAUUCCAACUAAAACCAACUGGAGCUGUGAUGCCUGCAUGGUUUCUAACAGCUCUGACAAAGAUAAAUGUGCUGCCUGUGAAACCCCGAAGCCAGGGGUAAAGCCCAGCCUGCUAUCUGUCUUUAAACCUCAAGCUGGUAGCUGGUCCUGUGAUGUUUGUAUGAUCUCAAAUAAGUCUGAAGAUAUUAAAUGUUUGGCUUGUGAGACGCCCAAACCUGGAGCCAAGGGAGCAACUAAGGAACAAGAAAAAACAGAAUUCUCAUUUGGAGCAAGUGGAGGCUUUAAAUUCCAAGGAGGGGAAACAAGUGAGAAGAAAUCAGGAGGGUUUGUGUUCGGAGACAGCGGUUCUCCAGCAGAACCUCAAACUAAAACCAGAGGAUUUGUUUUCUGUGGAGGUUCAGAACUGAAAUCUGAACCUAAAACUGGAGGAUUUGUUUUCGGAGGAGCUUCAGAACCGAAAUCUGAACCUAAAACUGGAGGAUUUGUUUUCGGAGGAGCUUCAGAACCAAUAUCUGAACCUAAAACUGGAGGAUUUGUUUUUGGAGGAGCUUCAGAGUCGAAAUCUGAACCUAAAACUGGAGGAUUUGUUUUUGGAGGAGCUUCAGAAUCGAAAUCUGAACCUACAACCAGUGGUUUGGUUUUUGGAUGUGAAACUCCUGGAGCGAAGUCUGAAUCUGGAGGAUUUGUUUUUGGAGGCACUCCACAAUCUGUGAAACCGAAAGUUGAAUCCAACUUUUUUGAAUCAGAAAAAGGAGUACUAGCUCCAGUUUUUGGAGUUCCUAAGGGUCCCUUCGGUACCCCUGGGGGUCCUGUAGGUGCCGAGGGGUCUCUAGGUUCGGCUGGGAAGAAGGAAGGAAGCAGCAAAAGAGCGGAAUACUUAGGAAAAGUCAAAGCUUUGAAUCUUCAGGUGAUAAAUUGGAUUCAAGGCCACGUGGAUAAAAACUUUCUGGUCGACCUCACCCCUGUGUUUGAUGAUUACAAGAACCACAUGAUUAAUCUCAAGCACAAACAUGGAAUCCAGCCUAAGAAAUUGGUCAAGGUUGAUAAGGCUGUGACUGAGGAGACCAAGUUGGAAACUUCAACGCCUGGUAGUUUAGAGACCUCUACUCCUGCAAGUAGAGUUGAAGAAAACCAAUAUUUUUCCCAGAAUUGUAAACUAUUCUACAUGAAGGAGGGGAAGUAUGAGGAACGAGGUAAAGGGACUGUUUAUCUCAAACACACUGAUAACCGUAAAACACAGUUAGUCGUAAGGUCUGAAAACUCUCUUGGGACUAUUCUGCUAAACGUAUUGGUUCAGACAGGGACUAGAAUAGAGAGGGUUGGAGACAAUAAUCUUCUCUUGGUUACACUACCUAAUCCACCUAUUACAGGUGAACCAGUAGGACCUGUCUCCUUCCUGAUCCGUGUAAAGAAUGAGGAAGUUGCAGAUGAACUCUUUAAUCAUCUUAAUUCAUGCAUUUAAUUGUUUAAAUCUUUAAAUACUCCCCUUUCACCCUCCUUCACAACUUACUCCUCCCACUCCUGCUGAAUAUAUUCCUCCUACCUCUAAAAUAUACUCCCCCUCCCUCUGCAAUACACUUUUCCUCCUUCUUUGAUCUUCUACACAUCCCUAUAUAAUUUAUUCCCCCUUGCUCUCCUAACUACUCCCUUUCCCUCUGCAGUGUACUCCCUCUAAAAUCUACUCCCCCCCCCCUCCCCAUUUGAUAUUGAUGUGAUUUUAAAUUCAGACUGGUUUUUUUUCA